AUGUACGGAAUUCGCGACUCUCGGAAUAUAAUCCUCAUACUUGCUAUUCUGGGAAGUACCCCAGGCAGCAUAGUGGCCGGUUUGCCUGUUACCCCGAACAAAGAUAUCAAAGGCAAUGUCGAGCAGAGCAAAUCUUCUACGCUGUAG